AUGGUGAGCAGCAGGGGUGACAAGAAGGUGAUAUGCAACAAGUUCAUCCAAACGAGUGCCGUGACCUGCUUGUCGUGGCCAGCGGAGAAUAUAAUUGUCUUUGGUCUUGCUGAAGGAAAGGUUCGUUUAGCAAAUACAAAGAACAACAAGUCUUCCACCAUUUAUGGGACAGAUUCCUAUGUGGUCUCGCUAACUUCCAAUGUGUCAGGGAAGGGAAUCCUGUCUGGCCAUGCAGAUGGAACCAUAGUACGCUUCUUCUUUGAUGAUGAGGGCUCAGGUGAAUCACAGGGUAAGUUGGUGACUCAUCCCUGUCCUCCUUAUGCUCUUGCCUGGGCUUCCAACAGUAUUGUGGCUGCAGGCUGUGAUAAGAAGAUUGUAGCUUAUGGGAAGGAGGGCAACGUGAUUCAAACCUUUGACUAUAGCCGGGACUCAUCAGAGAAGGAAUUCACCACAGCAGCUGCCAGUCCUGGUGGCCAAUCUGUUGUCAUUGGCAGCUAUGAUAGGUUAAGAGUUUUGAACUGGAGCCCACGCCGCAGUGCCUGGGAGGAAGGCAAACCCAAAGAAAUAGCUCACCUCUACACCAUCACAGCUUUAGCAUGGAAGAGGGAUGGUUCACGGAUCUGUGUGGGCACCCUGUGCGGAGGAGUUGAACAAUUUGACUGCUGCCUUCGCAGAAGCAUUUACAAAAAUAAAUUUGAAAUUACGUAUGUGGGGCCAAGCCAGGUCAUUGUGAAGAACCUCUCAACAGGAACUCGAGUUGUGUUGAAAUCUCAGUAUGGUUAUGAGAUUGAUUUAGUGCUGGGUGAUGUCACCUCCAACAAGCUCAGUGAGGUAGCCUGGCAAGGAUCUGGAGGGAAUGAGAAGUUCUUCUUCGACAAUGAGAAUGUCUGCAUGAUCUUUAAUGCUGGGGAGCUGACACUGGUGGAAUAUGGAAGCAAUGACAUUCUAGGGUCCGUCCGCACAGAGUUCAUGAACCCCCAUCUUGUCAGUGUCCGUAUCAAUGAGAGACAGCAGAGAGGCGUGGAGGAGAACAAGAGACUGGCUUAUCUGAUAGACAUGAAGACUAUAGCAACAGUGGACCUUGUUGGUGGCUACAAUGCUGGCACUGUCAGCCAUGACAGCAAGAUUGAUUGGCUGGAGCUGAAUGAAACAGGCCACAAACUACUCUUCAGGGACAAAAAGAUGAGGCUGCAGCUCUAUGACAUUGAAAGCAGCACCAAGACUACCAUUUUGAACUAUUGCUCCUAUGUGCAGUGGGUCCCGGGCAGUGAUGUGGUGGUGGCUCAGAACAGAAGCAGCCUCUGCAUUUGGUAUAACAUCGAUGCUCCAGAGCGAGUCACCAUGUUUCCUCUGAAGGGGGAUAUUGUAGACUUGGAACGGAAUGAUGGAAAGACUGAAGUGAUAGUAUCUGAAGGGGUGAACACUGUGUCCUACACCCUGGACGAAGGCCUCAUAGAGUUUGGAACUGCCGUUGAUGAUGGAGAUUAUCACAGGGCUGCUGCAUUUUUGGAGACACUGGAAAUGUCCACAGAGACUGAAGCCAUGUGGAAGACUCUAAGCAGACUGGCUUUGGAAGCUAGACAGCUGCACAUUGCAGAGAGGUGCUUUGCAGCUCUGGGCAACAUGGCAAAGGCUCGAUUUCUGCAUGAAACCAAUACCAUUGCUGACAAGGCAGCUCAAGAGCACGGCGGGGAUGGUACAGACCAUUAUCUGGUGCGUGCCCGCUUGGCCAUGCUAGACAAGAACUACAAGCUGGCAGAGAUGAUCUUCCUGGAACAAAACGCCACAGAGGAGGCCAUGGACAUGUACCAGGAGCUGCACAUGUGGGAUGAAUGUAUUGUGGUUGCCGAGGCCAAGGGACACCCAAUGCUGGAUAAGUUGCGCCGGGGUUACUACCAGUGGCUGCUAGAUACCCAGCAGGAAGAGAAGGCUGGAGAGGUCCAAGAGGGACAGGGUGACUACCUGGCAGCCAUCAGCUUAUAUCUGCGGACAGGGCUGCCAGCCAAAGCAGCACGGCUGGCCAUGAGCAGGGAUGAACUCCUGACCAAUGGGGAUGUCAUCAACAGGGUUUCAACAGCACUAAUCAGAGGGGAACUGUAUGAACAGGCUGGAGACCUGUUCGAGAAGGUUGGGAACCCACGGAAGGCUCUGGAGUGCUAUUGCAAGGGCAGUGCCUUCCUGAAAGCAGUGGAGCUGGCUCGCCUGGCGUUUCCUGCAGAAGUUGUGAAGCUGGAGGAGGCCUGGGGAGACCAUCUGGUGCAGCAGAAACAGCUGGAUGCUGCCAUUAACCAUUAUAUUGAAGCCAGGUGCUCGAUUAAGGCCAUUGAGGCAGCCUUGGGAGCCCGGCAAUGGAAGAAGGCCAUCUACAUUUUGGACUUGCAGGACAAACAGACAGCAGCCAAAUAUUACCUCAAGAUUGCCCAGCACUAUGCAGCUCUACAGGAGUAUCAGGUUGCAGAGGAGCUGUACAUCAAAGGAGACCAGAUCAAGGAUGCCAUUGACAUGUACACACAGGCCGGGCUCUGGGAACAGGCUCACAAGCUGGCAGUCAAGUGUAUGAGUCAGAAAGAUGUGUCUGUGCACUAUAUAACCCAGGCCCAAGAGAUGGAGAAGCAGGGCAAGUACAAAGAAGCAGAGAGGCUGUAUAUCACUGUGAAAGAACCGGAUUUGGCCAUCACCAUGUACAAGAAGUAUAAGAUGUAUGAUGAGAUGGUUUGCCUAGUGGCCAAGUACCACAAGGACUUACUCAGUGAUACCCACCUGCACCUCGGCAAUGAGCUGGAGGCAGAGGGACGCUUACAGGAGGCUGAGUACCACUACCUAGAAGCUAAGGACUGGAAGGCCACAGUAAACAUGUACAGAGUGAAUGACAUGUGGGAAGAAGCUUACAGGGUGGCCAAGGCACAUGGGGGAACAAACUCCUAUAAGCACGUGGCCUAUCUGUGGGCAAAGAGCCUGGGUGGAGAGGCAGCUGUGAAACUCCUCAGUAAAUUCGGACUUCUGGAGAUGGCCAUUGACCAUGCAGCAGACAGCGGGGUCUUUGAAUUUGCUUUUGAACUGGCCCGCCUCUCCAUGAAGCAGAAGAUGCCAGAGAUCCACUUAAAGUAUGCCAUGUUCCUAGAAGAUGAGGGCAAAUUUGAAGAGGCUGAAGCAGAAUUUAUUAAAGCUGGGAAACCCAAGGAGGCAGUGCUGAUGUUUGUGCAUAACCAGAACUGGGAUGCUGCACAGCGUGUGGCCGAGGCUCAUGACCCAGACAGCGUGGCUGAUGUGCUUGUGGGACAGGCACGUUUUGCCUUUGAGCAGAGAGAGUUCCAGAAAGCAGAGGCCUUCCUCCUGCGAGCACAGAGACCUGAGCUGGCCAUAAAGUACUACAAGGAGGCUGGCAUGUGGAGCGAGGCCCUGCGGAUCUGCAAGGAAUACAUGCCCAGUCGGCUAGAAGAGUUACAGGAGGAGUGCAGCAGGGAGGCUGCCAAGAAGGGCUCCAGAGGAACAGAAGGGCUGCUGGAGCAGGCACAGGAGUGGGAGCAGGCUGGGGAAUAUACCAGGGCAGUGGACUGCUAUCUGAAGGUGCAGGAUCCCAGCAACAGUGUCCUGACGGAGAAGUGCUUGCUGAAGGCUGCUGAGUUGGCCAUUAAAUUCUUGGGUCAGUCACAGAGCAUGGAGGUGACGCGGACUGUGGCUCCUCAGCUGGUGGCCAUGAAGAAAUACAGUGCGGCAGCUGAACUCUACCUCAACUUGGACCUCAUCCAAGAAGCUAUUGAUGCCUUCAUUGAAGGGGAGGAAUGGAGCAAAGCCAAGCGCGUGGCCAAGGAUUUGGACCCUAGGUCGGAGGAGUAUGUGGACCAGCGUUACAAGGAGUAUUUAAAGAACCAAGGAAAGGUAGAUUCGCUGGUGGGAAUAGAUGUCAUGGCCGCUUUGGAUAUGUAUGCAGAGCAGGAGCAAUGGGAUAAGUGCCUGGAGGUUGCAGCUAAGCAGAACUAUAAAGUCUUGCACAAGUAUGUAGCUCUGUAUGCAACCCACCUCAUCCGGGAGGGCAGUUGGGACAAAGCCCUGAGUCUGUAUGUCCACCAUGGAGCACCUGCCAACCCACAGAAUUUCAACAUUUACAAGCGUCUCUUUGUGGAGAUGGUGAAUGCAUCUGGCAUGAAUUGUGCCGAGGCUUACUCCAGCUGGGCGGACCUCCGUGAUGUUCUGUUCCAUCUGUGUGAAAACUUAGUGAAGUCAAGUGAGGCAAACACUCCAGCACAUGAAGAGUUUGAAACAAUGCUGCUGAUCUCUCACUACUAUGCCACUCGCUCCGCUGCUCAGGGCGUGAAGCAACUGGACACCGUGGCUGCCAAGCUGUCCAUUUCCCUGCUGCGCCACACUGAGCUCCUCCCUGCAGACAAGGCUUUCUAUGAAGCUGGAAUAGCUGCCAAGGCAGUCAGCUGGGAGAACAUGGCAUUCAUCUUCCUGAACCACUUCCUGGACCUCUCAGAUGCCAUUGAAGAAGGGAACCUGGAUUCUCUGGACCACUCUGAUUUCCAGAGCACAGACAUUCCCUUUGAAGUGCCACUUCCAGCCCAACAGCACGUGCCUGAGGAGCAGCGGGAGGAGGUCAGGGACUGGGUGCUCACCAUGUCCAUGGAUCAGCGGCUGGAGCAGGUGCUGCCAGAGGAUGAGCGUGACACAUACGAAGCCUCACUGGUGGCGGCAAAUACAGGAGUGCGCUCCCUGCCCUGUGUGCUUACAGGGCAGCGGUACCCUGUGCUAAGGAACAAGAUUGAGUUCAAGCGGCCAGGCCGAGAAGCGAACAAGGACACAUGGAACAAGUUCCUGAUGGCUGUCAAGACAUCCCACAGCCCUGCGUGCCAAGAUGUGCUCAAGUUCCUCGGCCAGUGGUGUGGGGGACUCCCAAGCACCAGCUUCUCUUUCCAGUGA